AUGAACCGGCUCUGUCUCUCUGCAGCCCUUCUCUUCCUCCUGGUUAUCCUGGUGGACAGCACCCCUGUGUAUGAACACCACACCCAGGACCAAGGUCUGGAGACAAACCAUAGAAGGGCACCUGAGAAGCGUUCAAUAAUAGAUGUGAUUAGAAAUGUCAUCGGCGGUUUGGUUAAAGGUACCAAGAUUAUUCAUGGACUGGGAUCCGGUAUACUAAAAGGACUGGCUGACAAAAUCAGUAAUGGAUUUAAAGGUCAGGGGAUGAUUUCUGGAAUGCAGCUCGAGAACCAUACAGUCGAGGAGUUCCCAACACAAAUACUCAAACAUGCAGCUUCUAACCCUGAAUUCUGCCUGAAGCCUGAGUUAAAGGGUCCCUGCAAGGACCAGAUGACCAGGUACUUCUACAAUGCCAAGACCGGGUACUGUGAGCCGUUUGUAUAUGGCGGCUGCAAAGGGAACAAGAACAACUUCCAGACGCUAUCGGACUGCAUAGUGACCUGCUGUCCCGUGACAGUAUCCCUGUGGUAA